UGAUUGGUCCUGGUUUCUUAGCCUUUUACGUUUUCAUGUCACACAUAGGCAUGGUAUUUGUCUAAUAUCCGAUCGUCAUCGAAGCAUCAUAAGGGCGGUGAAAGACCACGGAGGGUGGCAGCCUCCAUAUGCUUAUCAUGUAUUUUGUCUACGUCACAUCGGAAGCAACUUCAAUACCCGUUUUAGGAAUGUGGAAUUGAAGAAAACGUUGAUGAAAUUAGGGUACACAUGUUCAAAGAUAAAUUUCGACAUUAGGUACAAGGAAUUUAUCGAGAACAAUCCUGAAGUUGCUUCAUGGUUGGAUGCGAUUCCGAAAGAGCAAUGGUGCAGGUCGUAUGAUGAGACAGGACGUAGGUUUGGUCAUAUGACAACUAACCUAUCUGAGUGUGUGAAUAAGGUGCUUCGUGGAGCACGAAAUCUGCCUAUAUCUGCAUUGGUCAAGAUGACAUUCAGUAGACUCGUUGAGUAUUUCGUCAAGAGACGUGAAGGGAUUGAAAAAGAUAUCUCACAAGGUUGGAUAAUUUCAAAGAAGGUUGAGGCAGCGUUGCAAAAAAAUGAUGAAUUGGCUGGCACUUAUCGUGUGAGGAUAUAUGAUAGUGACCUGUUAUUGUUUGAGGUUGAGGAUGCCUACAAUCAAUCUACACACGAGGUCGGUGACAUCAUGAGAGUGGACUUAAUCAAUCGUACAUGUCAGUGUGGUAGGUUUACAGCAAGGAGGUAUCCCUGCAGUCAUGUAUUAGCAGUUUGCAAGAAAUAG